UACAUUUGUUUAUUUUGCAUCACAGUUCCAAAAAGAUCCUGUCCAUAAGUAAUAAGCAUUUGCAAGUAGGUCGAUGUCUCUAGUAGGUGAAGCUGGCCUGCGCCAACUAUGCCGUAGUGGACACCUGCUUAGACGUAUACCUCUAGGCGCAAAGGCCAACCUACCGCAGGGGAGACCUUACAUUGCUCCGCGAGCUGCACUUGCACAAGCAACGCAGAUGUCAACGACCACGGAGGCCCCGGUGGCGCCCCCAGCCGUAGCAGCAGCCGGGUCGAGCCAGCGGAAGCGGGUGGUGUUCGUAGUGGGGGGGCCGGGCUCCGGCAAGGGAACCCAGUGUGACCUCAUAUCUCGCGACUUCGAGGUGCCCUUCUUCAGCGCGGGCGACCUGAUCCGCAAGCUGAUUGCGGCGGGCGGACCCGCGGGUCAGCAGCUGCAGGAGAUUAUCCUGCAGGGGCAGAUCAUUCCCUCGGAGGUGACGGUGGGUCUGCUGCAGCAAGCCAUGUCCGCCACCCCCUCGGAGACGGUGCUCAUAGACGGCUUCCCGCGCAAUGCGGAGAACCGCACCGUGUGGCAGAGCCAGGUUGGCUACGACUGUGAGCUGGUGCUGCUGUUCGAGUGCCCCGAGGAGACCAUGAUGCAGCGGCUGAGGGCGCGGGGGCAGGGGCGGCCGGACGACAACGAGGAAACCAUCCGCAAGCGGGUGCAGAACUUCAGCGCCCAGAUGUCCCCCGUGCUGGAGCACUACCGCGCGCUGGGCAAGGUGGCCACCGUGCGCACCGACCGCCCCAUAGCGGAGGUGCAUGCGGAGCUGAGUGCGCUGUGGAGGCAGCGCUUCGGAGCGGGGGUGGGGGCAGCGGGGGCUGUACCCGUGUAACGCUUGAUCCGGUUGUAGCUUGAUGGAGAGGGGUAGGAGAGGAGCGAGGUGCACUCUGUGGGGGCGGGGGCAGCUGAGGUGCAGUACGGCAGCAGCAGCAGCAGUUGGGAGGAGGGGGUGGGUUGCGGGUGAGGCAAGGGCUGUGUUCUGGCAGAAGUAGUAGUAGUAGCGCUGGGAGGACGCGCAGCGUAGGCGGCUACCGACGUGGCCUUUUGGUUUUCAAAGACAGAGCUGUGUGGAUGUGUUUUGCGUGUAAUAUGGUCCUGGACGCUGAUUGACGUACUACCGGUAGACGACGUGACGACGGGGGGUGUCGUAAGGUACGGCAGAGGUGUGUGAGGGCGUUAACGGAGCAGUAGUGGAUUGUUCACUAACGUGUUUGUACACACCAGGGCAGCGAGGGGGUGCCAUGCACCGGGUGUGUGUGUAUUGGGGUGCAUGGCAUCCGCGAUGCUGUGUGCGCAUGUUGGGUUGCAGUGUGGGGUGUGAGCUGUAGGUGAUGAUGUUGCAGGUUGGGCCGUUGUUGAGUUUGUUUCGUCGCCUUUGCUGUGCCGUGCCGGAACAGUUGAGGCGCAGGAGACCUGGAGCCGGGUAUUCAGGUUCAGGAAAAAGAGGCCGAGUAAGGGGCGUGUGCGGUAUAGGCAACCAACUCCAAACAUGCUACAUACCAACAACACGGAAGAAGAAGAGCACGCAAUGCUCGUUACAUUGGGUGCUACGGAACCCUGGGUAACCCCCAAACAUGCUCCUGACGAUGCCUCCCGGCGGUCCGCCCAGCGCCCUCCGAGGCCAAACUUUCUACUUUGACAUCUACCACUGGUGCUCCUGUCUCUCCUUACACGGCAGCAGCAGCAGCUUUACUCCCGCCCCCGGAGACAUGUCUAUUUGCACCACCCUAACACCCGUCCCCACGUUGCCCGCAAACGCCUGUCAACCGCAUACCUACACACCCGGUCG